GGUAAGUUUAGCUUGGCUUUGUGGAAAUGUACGAUUACUCAUUACUCCUCUCUGUAAAGUAAAAGAUAUCAUUAAUUAGGUGUGAGUCUUGAAUCCAAGGUAAACCUAUUUAAAAUUUUUGUUUAACUAUCUUCCCUAUCUUAAUUUUUCCAAUCAUGACUUUGUUUAGAUUUUUAGUUUCAUUUCUUCAUCGGCAGAGAGUAGUUACUUAGUAGUAGUAGUAGUAGGUUGUAAGUAGGCUAGUAAGAAUAAGAAAGUAACUAGUAGGAGUGAAGUGGUGUAAGACAGUAAGUGUAACUUGUAGGUGAAAUCACGAAGUGGCAAAGUAAAUAGCAAAGCAAUCUUCAGUGUUCAGUCAAUAAAAUGAUUUCAGUCACAUUUUAGUGAGUCUGCAAUGUCAAAAAUAAUGGGCUCAGCCAGUGGGGUGUAAUGAGUACUGUACUAUGACUAUAAUACUAUUACUAUUAUUUCUCAAUGAUUGAGAAAUAAUAGUACAGUACUCAUUACUCAAUGAGUAGUAAUAGUAUUAGUAAUUAGACUUGUAAUAAGCAGUAGAGUCAGAUUCAAACUUACUUAAAGUUACUUACAUGUAAGUGUAAGUUAUUCAUUCUUAAGACACUUAAGAUUAAGAUUCUUAAUCGUUGCUUGACUACUUACAUUAAAUUUUAACGAAAUAACUUAAGGGGUGACUUUUUAAACUAGUAAUUUUACUAAUUAAAUUAGAAUAUUUAUACUAUUAUUAGCAUUAUACUAAUACUACUACUACUACUAUACUACUAGUACUAUUAUUUGUCAACUUUAAAUAAACUUAAGAAAGUAUAAUAGUAUAAUUUUAAAAAUUAGUAAAUAACUGGAAGUAGAUCUGCUAAUAACAGUGCUUAGACUAUCACUAAGUGCUGACUUUGUAUUUAGGUAAAAGUGGAGGUUAGGUCCGUAUAUUAUUUCUUAACGCAUUUCGUAUUUUAUCAUGUAAACGUACGUGUAUUCUUUAUUAAUUAAAUACAGGCAGUUAUAGUUAACUAAUACUGAAUUUCAAAUCACAUUUUUUCUUUUUAUUUGAUAUCUAAAGAGUCUUUAAACAUCCCCCAACCAAAGUAACACAGCCCCAUUUGUUUUAUUUUUUUUUUUCGGCCUAUGGCCAGAUUUUUAACCACCGAUAAGUUAGUAUGCUAAACCAAAUUUUCCAACUGUAGGCAUGUUCACAAAAAGGAAUGAAAUUUAGAUAUUUUAUUAUGCACGAGCGCCCCCCCACCCCCACUUUCUUUUUUUUUCCUCUCAGAACGCUCGGAAUAUACGGGUUGUCCCUUGAAUUCGAAUUCUGGGGGAAUUUUGAGCACCCCUCUCUUUUUUUUCNGGGGGGGGGGGGUGUGUUCCACGAAUAUGUGCCAAUGUGUGAUCACGUGUCCACUUUUAAAAAAAAAUAUUUGUGACGUUGCAGGGAUGGGGGAAAUCAGAUCAUUUAUUGAUAGUCAUCUCAUACUGAUGGCUGCAAAUACGUUGUCCGUGAUUGAUCAGCUAUAAUUUGAGCACCUCUCCCCUUUUUUCGUAUGCAAAUGUGCUUAGUAAUGGUGACUGAUUUGCGCUGAGUAAAAUGAGGGUGAGGACUAGUAAUUAUACAGAAUAAGACAGACUCGUUUUGCGGUAUUGCUGGUAGUUGGAUCAUUUUGUUCAAAAUGGCAGGACACCAAGAGACAAUUAUUGAAAUUGUUGAUCCAGCGUAAAUUUUAAAUGGUGCAGCAUUUGGUUUAUGCGAAAACUUUGUGAGGCAACAAAUAACGUUAAUACAACUAUGGAAUUUCUCGUACGGCGCUCGUAACCAUUGCUAUGUGGCUGGUAAACUGGCUACGUGUGUCAAGUAUGAGAGUUCCCUAUAACUACCGGGAUCUGGAUCUCACCGGAAACAGGAUCCCACCGGGAUCGGGAUCUCACUGGGCUCGAGAUACUACUGGGAUCGGGAUCUCAUUUGGAUUGGGAUACCACCGAAAACGGAUCUCACCGGGAUCGUGAUCUUACCAGUAUCGGGAUCCACCAUGACCGAGAUUCUACCGUGAUCGGGAUACCGCCAUGACCAGAAUUUUACCGGAAUCUGGAUCCCAUCAUUAUCUGUCCGGACAAUGGGGUGCCAGCGGAAAAUGGGAAAAACGAAAGUUUUACAUAAGUUAUUUUAAGUUUUUUAUAGGAGACAAAUUGAUUAUUUUUUUUUUAAUAUAGUAUUGUUGUUUAGUUGUUAAAAUUUGGCUUAAUAGCAAUGUGAAUUAAAAGGAAGUAGAAGAUGUUUUUUUCUGCAAGCCGGGCAACUCCGGUUAUAUUUGAUACCCGGUAGUCAAGUUAUAAAAUAAAUAAACAUUUAUUUUAACCAAGAUUCAUCCAAUUGGGCAACUUUUAUAACGUAUCUUUAAAGACAGAAGAGUUAUCCUUGAUUUACCGCAAUGGCUCAGCAAAAGACAAAAGAUUCAUGAAAAUGUCCUUUUUUUAUCUCGUAAAAUUUGUUUCAUUGUUGUUGUAUUCCAUUAAAAAGAUGGUAUUUUACUUUUAAAAUACGUUUUAUAAAGAAUUAACAUAAGUCUACACGUGAAAAUACCAAAUUCAAACAGAAAUAAUAUACGCACCUGAACUCCACUUUUACCUAUAUUUAAUUGUUUAUAAGUAAAUCGUUUAAAUGUUUGAGUUUGAGCAGCUUGCAGUGUGGUCAGAUCUGUAAAGUCAGUGUAUUUUCAUUUUGUAAGCUCUUGCUACUAAAUUGUUGAAAUAACAUAAAGCUACUCAUACUAGUACUAGGCCCAUAGUCUUAGUAUUUAGUAGUCUACUAGAGUUUAGAAUCCUCAUUGGCCUUGGGCUUUACUACAUUCAGUCAAGCAUGCAAUUGUAUAAAAUAUGAACAGGAUAUGUGCCUAGCCCUUAUUGUUUAAAACAGGGGGUUUGAACCGGUUUGUUGCAGCAUUGAAUAUGAAUAUUUUGAAUGGGCUUAGGCAUUGGGCUGAUAAAUGUUCUAUUUUUGAAAUUUUAUAAAAAAAAUUAGAUUGCAAUAAUAUUAAUAUAUACAUAGGCUUAUAACUUAUUUCUUAAGGAGGCCUUAUUGCUACUAAUAUAAUUAUUUGUUAUAGUGUGACUAGGGAAAAGUGUAAAAAGAGCCACUAUUUGUCCUCAUAUUAUUUUUGGCCAACUGCAUGUUUUUUUGUUUUAUUUUGGAAGCACAUCGGAAAAAAUGUUGACCCACUCUACCCCAAUAACCCAAGCUACACUACUGGUGGCAUUCCCUUAUUAGCUCCCCUUAGCUGCUUUAGAAGAUUUAAAUGUAAGAUAUAUUAAGGUAAUUACUAUAAUUAAUUACCUUUAAUAAGCAAGAUAGAAAACAACAUAAUGGUAAAACUAUUACAGUCGAUAACCAUCAUACCAUAUAGAUCCUUUUUCUAAUUCUUUGAUUUUAUUUUUCAAUAUUUUCAGCUCGUUUUAAGCUGAAAUUGAUUUUACUUCAGAUAUGAAGACAGUUACACAGCAGACUUGUCUUUGCAACAGUUGAUGAUGCUUGACAGUUUAAAGCAUGUAUUUUUAACAUCUAAUUUUAUAGUGAGUUAAAAAGCUGGACACUUGAAAAAUGUCUGAAAAUGAGAAGAAAAUUGGAAAAAUAAAGAGAAGGUUUAGUAAAAAACCCAGCAACGCUAAAGACAAUUCAGUCCAUGAUGAAAUCCCUUCUGCCAGUUCUAGAUCAGCAACUCUACCAGCUUCUUCUGAUGUGGCAAGUUUAUCUCUACACCAAUCUCACAGUGAAGGGAUAUUUUCAAGACUCAAGAGAAGGUUUCAUUUUGGAAGUAGUAAGGGGAAAUAUGAUUUCAAGUCAUUGAUCAAUUCACCCUCAAAGCCCCAUUGGAUGCGGCGUAAAAGUGACGAAACACAGCUCAGACAUGAAGAGAAUUCUUUGGGCUUUGAUGCUGAAGUGAAGACAGAAGUAACCAAAUCUCACUCUGUGAAAACUCAAAGAAAAGCUAAAUCUGACAAAGAGGAAGUAAUUCUUAUUCGCAAAGACAAAAGGGUCAGUGUUCUGUGCAAGGCAGAAAAUGGUGGGCAACCUGAGGUUAUCUUUUCCAAUGUAGAAAACUCUGAUGAAGACUCUUCUGGUGCAUGGGGCACAAUAGAAGAGGAUCCUUACGCUACUAUUAGUUCUGUUCAAGAAGAGAUUAGCCAGAUUAUAAAAUCAGCUGCUCCAGACCAUUCCAGCACCCCAUUGGAUAAGGCCAGUCUACCAGAAUCUUUGACCGUUAAUUCAAAUGAUAUAGCUAAGUCAGUCGAUGAUCAUUAUCCUUAUGCCAGAAUUGAUAAAACAAAAUCUGAGAGUCAAAAUUUUAUUUUGAAUUCAAAAAAGCCCAUGACAAGAAGGAGGGAAUCAGAUUAUGAAACACUAGAUGAAAUCCAACAGCAAAGUAGUUUACUGAAAAUCACCAGCUGCUCUGAACACACAGGCCUAAGCAAUGGUGCCACAGAUGCUGUUUCCACUAGCUUGGAUCCAGAUUAUGAGACACUUGAUGAGGUCAAGCAGAGAUGUGCCAGUGCGUUUGCCAACAUUCCCACUCUUCAGUUUGGUGUGAAUGGUGACAUCUCUAAAUCUGAUGGUAAAACUAGUGAGGAUAAAAUUGUUCACAUCAUCAAGAGCCAAUUAUCUCAUGUUGCAUGUCCUGAGUUGCCAGUCAAGAACUCAACAUCAAACACUGAUGUCAAAAGCCUUGCGGUUGGAAACUCAAACGUAAGAAAAAUUUAACUUUUUGGGUAAUUUAUUCACAAAUUUUGUAAUUUAACUAAGCCACUUCAGUAGAUACAAUUCAUAAGUAUAUCAGAACAGUGCAACUAUUUUAUGAAUAUAAAAUUAUUGCAAUGUAAAUGAAAUAUUUAACUUAUUUCUUGUUUUAAUUUAUAUGGGCUUAAAGCAAUUUUUUAAGACUAUAGCUGAUUUUACAAUGGUGAUGAAAUAAGUUGGUCUUCUUAGGCUGCGUUUACACUGACUGGCUCCAUAUUUCAUACACAUCCAAGACUGACAUAAAAGAAGGAUCUAUCAGUAGAGAAAUUUGUCUAACAUUGUGUUUACAUUGCAUCCGACCGCAUCCAAUUUUGGUCAGCCAUCUUUCUUCAUUGUUGUAUCUUUAGCCAUGGCCUUUUAUGACUAGUUUUAAGCAAUAGUCAAACAAUUUAUAGUUGCAAACUAAGCAAAUUAAUUUUGUAAUAGAUACUCAAGGUGGAACACAUUUUCAGCAAGAGUGAGAAAAUUAUUCAUACAAUUUUGCUGAACUCAAACUGUUUGCUGAUAGUAAUGCUAGCACUGGUAAAUAAUAUUGAUGUCAUCCACUUUUAAGCAUCUAAAAUUUUAUCAGAGGAUCAUGUGGAUGCUAAGACUUGGUUACCUAAACAGUGCUGAGAAGUGAACAGAAGAGCAGAUCCUUUAUUUGUUGAACAGUGUCCCAAUGUCAAUUCAGAUCUACUUGAAACUACACAAACUCAGAGAUAGAUUGUCUUAUCCUCUUGAAAUUUCAUAUUGGAUAUUAUUAUUUGUGUGCAAAGAAACACUUCACGACGAAAGAAAUCACUAUUCCGUGUUUUGAAAUUUCAUGUGUGUAAUUAGACAGGAUUACAAAACUCUUGUGAACAUCUUCAUUUAUUAAAUUGAAUUUUUUUUUUUUUUCUAUUGAAUUUGUUCUUGUAUGUCAAUCUUUGAUGUGGGUGAAAACGCAGCCUAAAACUUCUGUUUGGCCAGAUUUAUAUACAGAUUUAAGUAAAAAACAAAUCUACAUGCUUUUGCAAGAAUAUGUUUUAAAUGUAUAAAUUUCUGUACUGUAGGUUUCCACUUGUGUGCAGUUUCAACAAAUUACUAUAGCACCUAUUACUUCACCAAAAUCUCUGGCUCCACUUGCAUCUUGUUGUGAUUCUUCUCUUUCUUUGGAUCAGACAUCAGAGCCCCAAAACUCUGCCAUAGAGGAGUGCAUCUACGACAAUCCCAAUGUCAUCAUACGUAAGCAAAGUCAUAAAAUUGUUCCUGAAACCAGCCACUACUCCCGUAGAGCUCCGACAUCAUCAGAGACACCAAUAAUCAAAACUCCUGCGGAGGAAGAGUUGGUUGAGAAGCUGAGCUCUCUGCUGGCCCCACCUUUGCCUCUAAGAAACUACCAAAAAGAUGAAGUAAAAGGAGAGAAGUUGAAGAGUGACCGGGGCAACGCAAGGCAUUCCUGGACCUCUCAGAACACCAGGACUUUGGAAUUCAUGGACUUAAAAGAUACCAAGAGAAUCUCCCCAUUUAAUUCUAACCACAAUAUUGACCACCAUAAAGACUUCCAUGGGAAGGUCAGUCUGAAGAAGAUAGAGUACACUACAGUUGAUUCAGCCCAGACAAGCAAGUUGUGCAGUCCUGUGAUAGAGAGCAGGGGUUCUGUAGAGUCUGUGGUGAGGCAAUCCUACCCGGUAAAUAAAGCCAUAGGUCACCAUACCAACAAUGAAAGCGGUACAGCUGCUGAAGCAGCCAAACCCCUGGGACACAACAACAUCACCAGCACAUCUACCAAAGUGGCUAAAUCUCAGGGAGACCACACCCAUGCAAAUGAACUAUCAAAUCAUGUGACAGUGAGUGAUGUUUCUCAGUUCUGUGAGGAAAUGGCAGUGAAGAUUUUAGAGGAUGCAAUCUGCCAUUUAGACCAUCCAGUACAGUGUGAAGAUGGUAAUCCCCAAACAUGUCAGAGCAGUUCAGUAAGAGAAGACCAAGAAAGAGUUUUCAUAACAAUAAACAAAGACUUAAGUGAGAAACAAUCAACAGUCGGCUCGGAGUUAGGUCAGUUAAAACAACAGGAACAAAGCCGUGCAGCGGAUUCGACCAGUAGUAAGGAAGUUGAGAACGAAGCUGUCCCUCCUACUGUGAUUUCUCCCAUAACAAAUUUGGAGGUAGCUGAUAAUCACUUGCAUGAAUUUUCAAAUAAUGAAGCAGCUAAUGUCAGAGUUGAACAAGAAAAAAUAAUCAUAAAGAAUCUCCCCGAAAAAGAUACUAAAGAAAAUAAAAUGAAAGAGAAAUUCAAUGAAAAAGAUGCUAAAGAAAAUGUAAUGAAAGAGAAGGACAAAGUCCUUGAUGUCAAUCUGGAGCUCUACAAAUCUCAAGGGGCAAGACCUAAAAUGUUUCUUCCGGUUGUGUCUGGAUCACUAAGGAGUGACCAAAGUCAGAACAGCACAUCUCUUCAUCCUCUUGGACUGCAACCCUGUCGUCAGGAUGAGCACAGAGAUCUGGUCAAACAACCUUCAGAAGAUUCACACACAUUUGAUGAAGCCAUGUCGCCAUUUUCAGACUCAAAUUUUCAUGAGGCCAUCAAUGAGAACUUCCCACUUGAAUGUUUCCCUAGAUCUGGGGCAGAGGAUGCCCAACCGCGUCUGCCACAACCAGGGGCAAAAGGUGGCUCUGAUUUGAGUGUGCAAGAAACUGUUUACCUUGACUCGGAGGAUUGUGAGUCCGACGAUGGUCUUGAGAUCCACAAGUGCUUGAUUAUUCAUGUGAAGAGAGACCUAAGUAUCGCCAGGGUUGCCAAGCCAGUCCUCUACUCCAAUCCUAGACUUUUAGAAAAUGUCAUCAGUGGGCCUUUCACCACCGGGUCCUGCCUGGACACCCAUUAUUUCCACAAUGGCGUCUUUAAGUGGGGGAGAUAUUUCCAUGAUUACAUUCAGGACAGGUCUGCGGUGGAGGCAAAGCUGCUGAGCUUUUUCCACUUCCUGCGCAGAAUGCUUAUGAGCAAAUCGGAGUUAAGAGUGAAAGAUCAGAUUGCUGCUGAGAUGCAGCAGGGGGUCAGUAAGAUGCAGAUGAAGAUUGAGAAAAGAUUGAAGCAUGUCCAGGAUCUGCCCACCUUCCAUCAGAUUAGAAUGAAGUUACUCAAGACUGACAAGCUGGACAACUGGGAGCCAGAGAAUCCGGUUAGAUACAAGCCUUGUGAUUCUAUGCAGGGGAUGAAAGAUGGGGAAAAUAACAUGCAGCCCAAAGUUCUGAUUUUGAAAGUUGGGGGCAAGAGAGAGUGC